AUGGCCGAACUCGUUCCAUAUUUCGAUGGGAUGCAGCAGGGGCAGGGAUACAAUACCUACCUUCAACAGAUUGGUGUAGCAGAUGCUGUCACUAUUACCCCUGGCCAACCAGAGUCCGCCACUUACGACCUCUUCUAUAGGAGUGAAAGAAUCGAUGAAUACACGUCCGCAUACCCAAAUCCUCUGUUUAGAGUCAAACUUGCGCAGUCCUUGGAGAUAAGUGCUGGCGCUGCUAUUUCCGGCUGGGGACAGUCCUCCCAAAUCGACGCUGGCUAUCUUGACCGGCUAAGUUUUGAAAGCAGUACAGUGACAUAUCAAGUCGAGGUGUCAUCCAGGCAGCAGGCAUCAAUCGGGAAUUCGUAUUCCUUUAAUCAGAUUAGCACCGACACUCCCAACAGACUAUACGGAGAUCGUUUUAUUGCAGAUUUCAUCCGAGGUGGCCAAUACUUUGCCCGCGUCUCCAUUUCUGCGGUCAACAAAUCCACCAGCCAAGAGAUCAGGCAGGCAUCCGAGGUUGCCUUCUCAAUGUACGGAGUCACUGGCUCCGUCACUAACGAAGUGAGAAGUGCCGUGGAGACAAUCAACAGACACUCUCGCGUCACAGUCUGGAUCCAUACCUCUGGAGGCGGAGGGCGAUCUGGAGUCAUCCACGCAGAACCUCACGACGGUGAAGACUCGCCUCUUUUUGCAAUCAAAGAAGGCGCAGAUGAUUUCUAUCAGGAGUUGAGGGAGGGGAAGCAUAGAUAUAGACGAUUAGCUGGUACCUUUUUGGAGAUUUUACGCAAUAUGAUGCGUACCUUGAACUCAUUAGGAAGAGUAUGGCCUACACAUGAUCAUCGCUUGGGAAUGUUCUGCUCACCAAACUUUUAUGUUCUAGUCCCAGUUCAAAAGUUCAUUAACGGCAGAGAGCAACAGGCUGAACUGUAUGAAGAAGGGGCCAACAUACUCUCAGGCAUCCGCACCAAAGUCCAAGCGGUCAACGAAAACCCAGAAGAAAUAAACUCCCCAUUUUCAUAUCCCUCCCCAGAAGACUACAAGAAACUAGUCCUGCUGGCCAUCAGAACAGUAACCAUGAUCGCACAAGAACGAACCCUCGACAACGGCAGCUUCAGCGACAUCGCACUCCCGACCCUCCAAGGAAACGCCCGAACACUUUUCAAAUUCCAGACCUACGACUUUGACACUGGAUUCGGGAACACGGUUGUUUCCUUUGGCAGACGAGACUCAUCGUUCAUAUGUCUAAGCGGCCAGCGAGUAUCCGAUGGAUAUCGAGAAGAAAGCGUCUUCUGGGCAUUUGAAGACCCAGUUGAGGAGGUCUCGGAGCAACAGGUUCAUGUGGCUAGUAUGCGAACGAGGGAUUUGUUGCUUUUGAGUCGGACGGAUCCUGGCCCGAGGCCGUUGUUUACGUUUUAUGCGAAGAGUAGUUGGUAA